AUGACUUGGGAAGGUCAAGCUGUGAGCCUGGUAAGCAAAAGGAUGGGAGUUCAAAGGACAGUCUUGAAUACUAACGAUGUAAAUGAAUUUAGUUGUAGCUAUUAGUUGUUGUGUUGGCCUCCUUUAAAGGUAAUGAGGGAUUUUAAUUCUCCCUGAGCUGAGACGCAUCUUUAAAUAUGUAAUUUGAGAUCCCUUUUCCUAGCCUAGGAAACGAACACUUUCUCUGAUUAGCACGGAAGUGUAUGAAGUUGCAGAUGAAUUCAUGAGCAAGCUUUGCUGUAGGCAAGGAAAGUAUAUAACAAACAGGCAUCAGAAAUGUACAAAUGAAUGAAAUUAGUUAUCAGUGUGGACCAGAGUAAUGAAAAAAAGAUAUAGCAGGAGGUGCGUGCAUAAAAAGACAGUCCUGUAAAUAAUCAGUAGGUGACCAUGUAAACUUGACAUGGUUUGGAGGGAGAAAUAUACAUUUCUAAUGGAACAAAUUUUCAUUUUCCACUUUACAAUGGAAAAAUAUUUUAAGCAAGAGAAAUAUUUUUUCCCCUUUGUAUGCUGCAAGGCUCUCAGGGCAGCAUUUAGAGGGGUUGCUCUAAAUUUAUACUCACAGCAAGCCUAUGAAUGAGAGAGUGUUACUGAGCCCAGGUCAGCAAGGAUUUUAAUCCUGAUUUACCUGCUCAGAGACUGGCACUGUUAAUACUACAUCAUGCUUGCACUACACUCUUUAGAGCUCAUAGUACAAGUAUUCUCUACUGCCCUGCACAGCUACUCAGAGCAUUAAAACAUUUGUAUGUGUCUGAGAACAAUGAAAACACCUAAUGCAGUGGUUCCCAAUUAGGAGUCCGGGGACCCCAGGGAGUCCACAGAAUGCACCCAGGGGGUCCGUGGCCCCAUCCCUUGCCUCCCCCCCGACUAAUUUUUCAUCAUUUUUGCAUGGUAAAAUCACAAAUUUUAUGGCCUGGUUUUUUAGUACACCUAAAAUCAUUUGCUUAUUCAAAGCCAAUUCAAGCCAAUUCAAAAAAUUGGUUUGCAGAGGUAACUACCAUAGAGUUAUCAAAAUUUUCAAAAGUAGGGGGUCCAUGGCUCGACUUUUGAAAAAUAGGGGGUCCUCAGUAAUUGGGAACCACUGAUCUAACACACUUAAGACCUAAACUGCUAACCUCCACAUUGUUAUACUGUAAAAAUGACCUGUGCCUUUGGUCAUUAUGGCACAGAGAGUCUUGAGAGUCUGGGUGCUCAGCCCCAGACCAUGGUCUAAGGGCACAAAGCUACUUUGCUAAAACUAAACAGACCUGGGAAUUGACUUGAUGGAAGCCUACUUUGGAAUCCCAUGUAGGCCAUCUUGAGUUCCAAAGUAGAAGAAAGGUGGGUUACAAUUAUCUAACUAACGAUGAGAAGCAUUAUUUUCUACUUGCCACUGUAAACCAAUUAUAUUCUUCCAGUUAAGGAAUGAAAUGCUACGGACAGCUGAACAGUCUUGAGGAAGCCAUAUUGUGGCAAAUAUUCACCUUUGUUUAAAAGUCAAAUAUCCAUAAGAAAUACUGGAAAGCUGCACAAUGAUGGUUGUUUUCACAAUGGAAAAUGGCUUCAAGGUGGGUUUGAUGACUGAGAUGGUUACAAUUAGCCUCCUUGGUGUGGAAAAGCCCUCAAAAUGAAAGAGACUCUUUUUGCCCCCAGACUUCAGGAACCACCAAUAGUAGUUCUGUUUGCAACUUCUGUAGCAGAACCACUAGGGGGCAACAAGCUCACAUACAUGCAUAGCCUAUAUGGCGUAGCUUUCUGUCCUUGCAAGGGUGUGUAAGAGGACCAGUUAAUAUCCGAGGCACAUGGAGGUUAUCAGCCUGCUUGAAAAAGGAAGGUACAUUCAUUUGUAUUUAUAGGGUAUUCCUUCACAGAACAUUCAGAAUAACUUCAGCCAUGCAGUUUUGUAAAGCACCUCAGAGCUGUUCUAGGAAGCGUGACAAACCAACAGCAUCCCAGUUUUUCAAUUCAGCCUAUCACCCGUAGAUAUGGAUGCCAUUUCCCUCUGAUAGUUUACUUUUAUUGGAAGAACCUUAGGCAAUUAGAAUGAAGACCUUUAAGGCAGCUUUCCCCAACCUUGUGCCUUCCCAACAUUUUGGACUAUAACUCCCAAAAUUUCUAACCGCUGGAUUUAUUGGUAGAUAGAAAUUGUAGUGAAAACUCAUCAGGAGGGCACUGGCAGAAAGUGGAAGGCUGUUUUAAGGUGUGGUUGAAUGGGCGUCAAGGCACAUUUUUCUGGGUUUGGCAGUAUUUGUUUUCAAGGCUGAGUCGUACCCAUUUGUUUUCAAGGCUAAGUCACACCCAUUUUAUCACACAUGAGAAUAUGUGGUUGGCUUCACUCAUAGACUAUGUACGCAUGAUGCAUUUAAAGCAUGUUUAAAACACAGACACCCCACUAGGGGUGGCUAACCUUUUUUUUUUUUUUUUUUUGCCCGAAAGUUGUAGUCACCCUUGGCCAACCAAUGCCAGUUCCGUGUGUGGCCACCUGAAACUAUUGCACACUCUUACAUAUCCCCCCCCCCAAACAAGCACACAGUCUCAUCCUACAGAACAGAAUGAUCAGAUGAGAAAGGGGAUUAUCACUUCCUCCUAAGCAAAUGAUCAACCCAUAUGUAUCAUGAGGCAGGGGUGAGUGGAGAGGUAUGCAUGCCUGUUAUGGUAUAUUUUUAGUUUUGGUGAUGCUGCUAGCAAAACUAGUAGGUUAUGGAAAUCAGAAAUGUGUGUGUGUGUGUGUGUGUGUGUGUGUGUGUGUGUGUGUGGAAUCAGGUCCACAUCCUGGGGGUAAGCCAUUCCUGUCUCUUAAGGAAUGUGCCACAAGCCCUUGAUGAUCUGGUUGCCUUUUUCUGUCUUUUCCUCCUCUUAAGAUGCCCUUUUAUAGAUGGGGUGACCAGAACUGUACAUAGCAUUCCAAAUAUAACUGCACCAUAGAUUUAUAGAAAGGCAUUUUACCCUUCAGGCUACUUUUAUUUUUAGCCUUCUACUUUAUAAUCCCUAACAUAGACUUACUGCUGGCUGCACACCACACUGAUGUUUUCAUUGAGCUAUCCAGCGUAUAAUGAAACAAAAUGUAGUACAAUGUGGUACCCAGAGUACAGCCUGCUAUCAGUCAUCGCUGUGCUUAGAAUUUCAUAUAGUACAUUUGUGUUUCGUCUUUCCUUUUUCUGAUUACCUGUUUACACACUUUUCUGUUUAUGAAAACUUAAUACUAGGUGUCUUGGUACAUUUCUGGUAUUCCUUUGGAAAACAGUGGCAAGAUCAGAAAUAGUGUAUAGAUUUUUGAGCGUAUGCUCGGAACUAGGGAUGUACGAAGGCAUCGUUUUCUGCCCUGUAUUGGUCACGUGCAGCACUGUUUACCUUCUGCUGCAGUUUGUCUUCCACCAAAAUCUACAUUAUCUGUCUCACUGUCUGCUGUGGUAAAAUUAUGAAACUUGUGUCAUUUAUGUAAUUAAUUAUGCAAAUCACAUGGUCAUUAUGCUAUUCUACCCCAGUCAUUUCAAGGCAAAUUGGGAGCGGGGCUGUAAUCAAUUGAAUAAACUACUACAACUUGUGUUCCCUGCCGGUAGACCAUUAACACAUGUAUUUCAUCCCUGUCCCUGAUAUUCUGCUGUUUCAGUUGCAGUGAUUUCAAAUAUCACUUCUCUGUAUUCUGAAUGGGUGCAGUUCACAUGCCACUACUUCUUUUCAUACCAAUCUGUUCAGUUUUAACUGCCUUUCAGGACAAUUCUUGCUUACAAAGGAUGUUUGAAGUGUACACUAAAGCUGCAAAGUACAGAUGCUACAAAGGCACAUUUGCAAAGUAAACACUUUUCAGGGGAUUAUAACUGGCUGAAGCUCCAUGUUGUGUACACUUGGUAGCAAAGUCAGGUCUGCCACUAGCCCAAACCAUGCAUUUGUGCUCCUAUGCUCAUCAGCAUGGGAGUGCGGAUGUACCAAAUAGUGCCACCUUCUUGUCUUCAUGUGAACAGCACGACUGUCACUAUAGAGGCUUCAUGCGUACAGCUGUGUGCUUGAAGGCUCCACCAUUACAAAUGCUAAUGCUCCAUGUGAAGACUGGAUGACUUCCUGUUCCUGUCCAGAUGAACACAGGAGCAAUAAUGUCUGUACAGGGCUUCUCUGUCUUGCACAAAGCACCUUCCUGAGCUCCUCGGUCCAAUGCCAGGAUUCAGAGGGAAGAAAUCAACUCCUCCCCUCCAACUGACUUAGAAGAGGGUUGUCUCUCUCAGUUGCCUCAAUAUCAGAAACUUAUGGGAACAGCUGAAGGUCACGUGACCAAACUGGCUUUGCUGAUAUUUCUGAGUUUAAUUAAUAAGACCACAGCAGUAUGUUUUUGCUUGCUCUUCAAACAGAAAAAAUCCUGCAUCUGUCUCAGCACAAGGGCUCCAACCUAAAGGAUCACAGGCUAAAUUGUUAUUUCCUUUGGCAUUUUGCUCUCUGCAGCUGCUCCACCAGCGGAGUCUGCUGCCAUUGUUGCAAAACAAACACAUUGAUACUCACAAUUAAAACCAGUUUCAAAAUGGACCUUAACUCCAUCACAGAGUUUGUGUACAGGGAAGCACUGCAUCUGAUGUAUGCAGCCACUCUGCAGGGAGCCUUUGUCACAGGUAUUUGUUUUCGAUGUGCUUGCCCAGCGUGAUGCUCAAUUUGAAUUCUUCCCCUUAACACACAGCAAUGGACAAUCCCUCUCAUUUCACUUCAGGCUCUUUUGCAAAGGCUGGAUGGCACUGCUGGAAGCUAAUCAGCAUGAUUUUUUUUACACUUCUCAGGGACCUCUUGGUAAUCAUUGUCAUAAUCAUCCUUUCUAAAGGGGGCCCAAUGUACUCCUAAACUCUGCAAUGGAUUAUACUCGGUGAGUCAUAGGGAGGGAAAUAACUGCCUCUGCCAAUACCUGUUUUGUUGUUUUCCCCCUGAAUUCCACAGCUACCUGAGAGACACAGAAAUAAUCUGGCAUUAUGAUUUUUUAACCCGCUUUAAAAAGUGCCCUUCUUUUUACUCUUAGGACAGAUUUCGUAUAUGCAAGCGUCAGAUAGCUUAAGCAAUAAGAGCAAUUCACAUGACGCCUUGAAUCCGCUGACAGAUCAGUUCAGAUCUAAUCCACAUUUAAUUUCACAGUUGAAUAAAAGAAUUUUAUUCUUUCUCUUUCGCCCUAAAGACUAUGUUGCAUAUAAUAAAUCCCAUCUGGAAUGAGGUGGUUAGAAUCUCUGGCAAGGAAUAUCUUCAUGUAGCAGCUGCAGCUGAAACCUAUGCAUUGCCACCAUAAGUUGACAUCACUAUACUUGCUGAAUGCAUAUUUUGAUGUGAAUAAGGGUGUGCACCCCUUUUUGGGUCUUCUAGUUGUUAUGUACAAGCAGAGCUUUGGUCAGGGCCCAUUUCUAGGGGUAGCCAAUGUGCCAUCCAGAUGUUAUCAGAUACAACUCCCAUAAUCUCAGACCAUUAGCCAUCCUUUCUGGGGCUGAUGGAAGCUGGAACCCUACAACAUCUGAAGAACACCACCUUAGCCACCUCUGCUGUAGACAUAACUGAGUGUGUGUGCUUAGUCACUCAGCAUUUUCUAACUUCUGGAACCAGCAAAACUUAAAGUUCUAGUAUUCUCGGAAGGUGGCAGCCUCAGUCAAGACAAUCACUUUCUUGUUCGUCGUCCCAUAAUUGAACCCCUCAUCGGACUUGAAUAUGGUCUCUUCCAUGGGAAUUGAAAGCUUCUUCCUUGUUCAGUGUUGCUUCUCUUAAGCAGAGUGCACUAACACAGAUUGCCACCCACCCAUAAUUCAAAUAAAAUUGCUUAAUGUAUUCCACUUACCCCGGGCUCACAAGCUAAAUCCAAAUCAGGGGUCUUUCUCUGGAGGAUAAACGGCUUUCCUUCCACUUUUCUCUCUCCUUCUUCCCUACAAGGGUCUGAAGGGCAAACCCAUUAAGAUGUCAGAUCUUCUCCUCCUCACUUGCCUGCCUAUGAUAACUGGCACCUCAUGGCAUAUGUCUGAGGAAGAGUGAUUUCUUCCGAGCAUUUACUGAGAAGAGAUGCAGUGAUUUAUUCUUAUUAGUUGGGAGGCAUCUAUAAUUCUGUACAGCACACAAUCACAUCCAACCUAUGGAAAAUUGUAGGUCGCAACAAUACAUCCCUGUUUGUGAUAACGGGUCAUCUAUGCUUCUUAUCUGUGCAGGUUGGGUGUCAGAUGUGUGCCAGGUGCUGUGCAGGACCCCAAAGCGCUACAGUCUUAGAAGAGACUUGAAAUUCAUAUUACACAGACAGGAUAAAGGCAAAGGGAAACAACAGGGUUUGUCAUGAAGGAACAAAGAGAUGACACAUGUACAAGAUCAUUGGAUACAGAUUAGUUAUUAUUUAGCUAUCCUAUCAUGGUGGAACCAUGGUUUUUGUUUUGUGAACCACCCUGAGACCUCCGGGUAUAGGGCAGUAUAUAAAUUCAAUAAACAAAUUAAAAAUAAAUAAAUAAAUAAAUAAAUAAAUAAAUAAAGCCAUGGUGGUUACAGAGUAGAACCAAGGUGAUAAUCUAAUCAGGUGUGGAGAACCUUUGGCCAGUGGUUGUUGAAUGACAAGUCCCAUCAGACCCAGCAAGCACGGUAAGUGACCAGGGAUGAUGGGAGCUGUAGUUCAGCAACAUCUGGAGGACCAAAAGUUCUAAUCAAUUGUUUGAUGUGAAUAGGACCACAGGAGGCUGCCUUAUCAGACUGGCUGCCUCAGGGGUAGUCAAUCUAGCAUACUCCAGAUGUUAUUGGACUCCAAAUUCUCAUCACCCCCAGACAGCUUGAGCAGUGGUCAAAGAUUAUGAAGGUUACAGUCCAUUGAUAUCUGGAGGGCUUCAUGUUGUCUUUGCUUGUCUCUUCUAACAGCUUUCCAGUGUCUCAGGUAGAGGACUUUCAUCUCAGGUGCUACCUGAGACCCUGCUUUUUUAGAUGCCAGGGAUCAAAUCAAAGGCCAGCAGAGAUCAUGUGACACAAAGAACCAAUAAGAUCUUAAAGCUGCCAACCGUGGCCAAGUCUAACUUGUUGUUUGGGUGCCAACCAAUAUUUCUAAAUGAGAUAGCUUGUCUAAUCCUGCUGGCGGAAGAAUCUGCUUGCCAUCUGGCCCAACCCUGACAACGUAGCCCUCACCUGUUGAUCCAGUACAGCUGGCCUUAAAGAGACAGAAAUGAUAUAUACUAUAUCCUACAGAUAUCUUGUUGCAGUGAAAGCCUGUCCCAAAGACAGGCAUAGGCCUGAGGAGAUCAGGUGUCUAAGAAAAUUAAGUAAACUCUUAUUGUGUAGAUGUAAUUCAGGUGCUUCAAGUCCUACCCACAUAUGCAGUGAAUGUAGGGAACUUGCUUGCCAUUUGUCUGUCCCAUUUGUCCAUAAGAGAAAUAGAGGAGAUGACUGCAAUUUGGUCUUGUGUUCCAAUACGUUGCCUCUCUCGCUGGGGUUGAGGGUACAAGAAGAUGUUACCCACUCACACACCUCCUGUUUUUCUAGGGAUGUUAAGAGGGGUGUUGUUAAGUGGACAUGUUCCAACUGUUUCAGAACUUUUUUCUUCUGCCGGUUACAAAUAUUCCUGCACUUGAUGACCUGAAUUGGCUGCUGGCUGCUCCCAAAAGUGUCACCUGAAGUUUUCCCAGUGAUAAUUUUCUGCUCUGUGUCUCAUUCCCCCUAGUAUCCUCCUGUACGUUAAUUCAUAAAGUUAAACAAUUACCUCAUGCGUAAUAUGCUAUAAUUGAACUGAAUGGUUCACCGAGCCAAGCAAAUGCAGAUGAGGUUGGACCAAGUGCAUCUGAAUCUGAACUAUACAAUAAAAUAAGUGUAGCACAGUCCAAGUGCUCUUGGAAUGCUGAAGCUGCAGGAAAUGGAGUGGUGUGAGCUUGCCAGACACAGGCUGCUUCUUGUCUUGGAUAUAUAUAUAUAUAUAUAUAUAUCACCUUCUCCACACUCACUGAACCAGAAAACUGCGGGAUUGUUUAAUCUCAACGAUGACUAGUGGAAAUGACAGACUGGUUUUGCAUUUCGUUUUUCACCUCAGCAAAUAUCAAUUUAUCAUUAAAUUCUGUUGUCAUAAUUUCAACAUUUGCUGCAUUGAGCCAAAUAUAGGUUUAUUCCUGUGCACAUUAAUAAAUGUCAAAUUAACAUAAAUAGAGGGGGAAAGACAUAUUUUUUGUAGCUAGUUUUUAAAAUAAAUAAAUAAAUAAGAUACAUUGCCAUUAAAACACCAACCAUUAUAUCUUGACAUGGUGUUUUUGUUUUUAUACCAAUGUCUGGAAAUAUUAUUUACAAUAUUUCAGUUUUUGAAUUUCUGCAGCUGUGACAUUAAUCCAAUGUUCAAGAUGACAUUUUUAACAAGGGACUGGUUAGCUGUCUGUAUGUACUUACCUAAGGUUGCAAUCAUAUACUGUACUCGCUUGAUUGGGAGGAAGCUCCAUUGAACUCAAUGGGACUUACUUUUGAGUAGGUAUGUAUAGGAUUGCGCUGUUAGAAACUGCAGAAAGAAUAGAGCUCUGUCCUACAGAAGAGUAAAAACAAGUGCAGCACAUUUUUAGUAUUCUGUUUAAAAGCAAAAAAAAUUAUGGUUAUUGGAUUUGUUUAACUGGAAUACCUGGCUGGGAUUUCCAGGAAUUGUUCAUUAGGCCAUAUUCAUGAGUAUGAACAGAUUAUAUUUUGUGUAUAAGACCACACAUGGGAGAUACUCAUAUAGUUCUACUGCCCAAAUCCCAGAAUGACACAGAGAAAAAAUGUUUCUCCGACUCUGUAGCUUAUAUAGGGCUGAAUAUGGUUUUUCAAAUCAGUAUAUCUUUCCCCCUAGUAUAGUUGACUUCCCCAAAGCCCAUCUUCUCCACUGGGUAAGACAAGGGAUGUACAGUUCAGUCAAUCCCCGGUCCAUGUCAAUUCUGCAUCUGUUCAUUAAUAAGUCCUAUCAUCCUGUUGCUGCAUUACAGAAAUCUGCACAGAAAUUGCAUAUCAUAUAAAAACUUAUACAUAUUUAUAAAUGCAUUUCCACCCUAAUAUAUGCAUUUUAUACAUUUUGGCACUUUUUUGAUCUGAGAACUGUGUUGCAAAAUUCAAGGAAGUGCAAAAUCCAAACGAUAAUUGCAUUCUGAUACAUGUAUUAAUCCAGGAGACGUGAAUUGGUUUGAUUCACUUAACAUUUUUUCCCUGCAUCCCUAGGGGGAGACUGCCAUGUUUCUAGCUGAGGUUUCAGACGAACAGGAAAUGAGUAAUUUCCUGAAGGCUAACAGGAAAUUCUAUAUGCCUAUCGCCACCUAAGUGCUUAUGUAUAUAUUAGUGUCUAUGAACUGUUAGCAUCAGAAAUGUAUAAAUUGAAAUGAAUUGUUAUUUUUAGAAUCAGAAGCUGAUUCAUUGAAACUUCUAUUCUGGAACCAACGUUUUAUUCUUUAGUGGAAUCACAUUGCAUAUUAAAAUGUGUGUGUGUAUUUAUAUGUAUAUGUGUAAAUAUAUAAACACACACAUGCACUUAAGUAGGACUGAACCAGUGUUCCAGUUGGGGCUGUGUAUCUGCUGGGCCCACUAUGGCUAAAGCUUGGAAAUGUGCUCUUCAUAGUGCCACAUCUGCAAACUGGCAGCUUCUCUGCCUUGAAUUAAUAACCAGACUUACCUCAUUGUUUAUUCCCUCUGCCACUUUGCAUAACGCCAGUAUGGCCUAUAUUUCCUAAGGGUGACUGGGGCGUUGCAACGUUUCCCAGCCAUACUUCUAAAGGGGCACUGGGUAUGUGUUGCUGGAUGAUUUAGCCAUUGAGUUUGGGUGCCCAGUCAAACAGAGCAUGUUCUGUUACUUUUUUAAAAUAGAUGGCAGUUCUGUGCAUCCAGAACAAGACAUGCUGAGUUAUUUAAAACGCCAGCAUGUGACCAUUUUGAGCUAAAUUAACGCUGCAAACCUUUAUUCAACAUUAAAUCAAAUCACUGUUAAUUUUGGAACUAAUUAGCAUUUCAGGCUGUUUUCAUCUCUGCAGUGUGAUGAUUUUGUAUAUAAUGCUACGUGAUUGUGCAGAAGUACAUAAUUAUCAAGCGGAAUAUAUUGUCUCCUGCUGACAUCUCACAAAAGGAGAUUCUUCUAGUGCAGGAUGUUUGCAGCAUCUCAAUUCCUUUUUCGUUUCAUUUUUUUUUGAAAAAAGAAAGCAAGGGUAUAAGUCUAAUGGGUGAGGGAGCUGCUGGAUUUACUGGUCCUAGUUCUGCUUCAAUUAAAUACUUAACACAAAGGUUUCAUUUGAUGCUGGUCACAUAAACUGAGGUGAGGAAGAUGCUGUGAGAGAAAUUGUAAUUGUAAGGAUUCUGCUCUUUAAAUUCUAAGGAGCCUGCACUGGACGAAAUCUGAUAGACUUGCAUAAAGCUUUGGGGUUGUGUACAGUUUUGGUCUCCCCCCCCCCCCCGUCCCUUCCAGGUAAUUAAUAUUGAGCAAAAUACCUAUGUAGUCAUGCGUGGUUGAAUGAUGCCUUUAAAACAUGAGUGAUAGUCUGCCCUGGGGCUUGUUUUGUGUUCUAUGCAGAAAUGCCAUUUCAGGGUUCAUUAAGGGAAAGAAAGGAGAUUUUUGGUAUGGCAAAGUCAGGAUAUUAAAAAGCCACCCUUGGAUAUACUCCAGUAGUAUCAGCUUCAUUGAACACAAUGGGACUUACUCCUGAUGAGUCACAAGCUGUAAAUAGAAAAGAAAGAGUUGCAUAUUGUUGGAUCAUUUGUAUGUAUGUGUUUAGAUAUCUCACAAUAAUGAGACCUAUAGAUGCCCCGGGAACAUAACUGAACAUAGUCUGAAACUAUGGGAGCAAGCCCCAUUGAGCACUUUGGGGCUUGUCUCUGAGUAGUACUGAACUGCCCUGAUUUCCAGAGAGGUUUCCAUGUUAGUGUAUUGCAAGAAAAACAAGCCAAAAGCUUAUGCCAUGAGAAAUGUUUUAGUUUCUAAGAUGCCACAAGACUCUCUCUUGUUUUAAUUUUGGUGUUCAUCAAAACAAACAUCCUGGCCUACCUUUCACCCUGGCAUUUUUCCAGCUGUUUCUCCUGGACCAUCACAACAUUUGUUACCCUAAAAUCUCAGGGCCAAGACAAUCUUCUGUAAAUACGACGCAGGAAGAACGAUUGUAGGAGUUGGUGAAACAAUGAGAGACAAAUAGAAAACUUAAUAUGGUACCUAUUGAUCAAGUACAUAUAUACCUUUUGGAUCAAGUGUCUGUUUGAUACUGUGGGUUAAGGACUUGACUAGAUUUGUUGUUGUUGUUGUUUAGUCGUUUAGUCAUAUCCGACUCUUCGUGACCCCAUGGACCAAAGCAUGCCAGGCACUCCUGUCUUCCACUGCCUCCCACAGUUUGGUCAAACUCAUGCUGGUAGCUUCGAGAACACUAUCCAACCAUCUUGUCCUCUGUCGUCCCCUUCUCCUUGUGCCCUCCAUCUUUCCCAACAUCAGGUUCUUUUCCAGGGAGUCUUCUCUUCUCAUGAGGUGGCCAAAGUAUUGGAGUCUCAGCUUCAGCAUCUGUCCUUCCAGUGAGCACUCAGGGCUGAUUUCCUUAAGAAUGGAUAGGUUUGAUCUUCUUGCAGUCCAUGGGACUCUCAAGAGUCUCCUGCAGCACCAUAAUUCAAAAAGCAUUGACUAGAUUACUGAAGUCUUAACAUUGUAUUUUUCUAUGCUCUUGCACUGAAUGACUGACUUCAGCCUAGCUAUGUGAACAACUUUUAUUACAUUAGUCCUUAGACCAUAGCAGUGUCUAGCCAUGGAUGGAUAUUUAAAGCCAUCUUGGCAAAGGGAAGAUGGCUGGAUACUACUAACAUAGAAUUACAUAAACUUCAUACGGUGUGUGGGAUGUAUGUGUAAAUGUGAUAACUAGAAACCCUGGAAAACUGACUUUCGACCAACAAGUCAUGUUCAAAGUUAGUGUUCUAAAAUCCAUGCUUCCAAAUGUUAGCAAGGCCUUAUAUUGCUUGGCAGUGGGAGUGGCCUGGGGGGUUAUUAGAUAUUUCCUGUGCUUUUUCCCAUCCCCAGAGCCCCCACUUGAUUUUCUCCACAGUGGCACUUCUUUCUAUGCAAACUUUGUGAAACAUCAUCUCCAUUAAUUCAAUCAGCUGAAAGCAGAAGUGUAGUGAAAAUCUAAUUCAGCUCAAGUCUUGCUAAUUAUACCCUUUGCUAUUUUUGCACACCAGCCACAUUCCAGUCUUGUCCGUGUUUGUAUGCCAAAGACACUUCCAAUGUCUGCCCUAACAAAUGCACCUCCGGGAGUUAUAAUUUUUGAUGCCUGGUGCAGACAAAAUGGCUCUGGAUCUAGAGAAGAUAGCAUUUCUUUCUUGUGUUUCCUGUGCUCUGUUAAGGAUCGUGUUAGGGAAAGGGAAAGAUCAGGGCGAUGUUGCUAAAAGAGAGUAAAAAGGAGAGCACAGAUUUGCAUCCCAUCUGCUUGUGUUGAUUUAUAAGUAUAGAUGUAAAUGUAGAAAAGAUUGCCUUAACUGAAAUGGAAAUACAAUACGUCUUAACAGGUGACCUCCUGUGUAUGCUUGAUUGUCAGGUACUAACUGUUGACUGGCAACUUCAAGGCCCCUCCCCUCCCUUCUUGUGUUUCUUUGAACCAGACUUGGACCAGAGAGACCUUCCAAUAGAGGACUUUUUCAUGUGCAGAAGGACACAUGGCCAUCCUAGGAGAGAAUGUAAUAUAUGGAAUCAAGGCAGGACUAUGUGCCAAGUGGAUGGAGGAGAGAAUGUGACCAUGAAGGUUACGUAUUGAUUCCCAAGCCCCUCACUCUUUUGUGAAAGUUUAUCCUUCUACCAACCUAUUCCAUGCUGAGUAGGGGGAAAGGUAAUGAGUGAGAAGUUUAGGACCCAAGCAUGCAAUGAGAAGGAACUGACCCUAGAGUUCUCAGGUAUCAACCUCUUGGCCUGUAAGCUCAUUUGAAUGAGGAAAAUAAGGAAGUUAAAUCAUAGAUAAUGGAAUGUUUUUCUGUUCUGGGCAGCCUUCUACCUGAGGAGAAGGGGCUUUAAAAGUGUGCAUCUGGCUGGCUGACAUGAUCUGCACUUUCAGUGGAUCUCAGAUAUCUUUGAGAAUGCAGGACUUUGAAGGCACUGACUGGGUCUACUGGCAGCCCCCACAUCCAAUGGCUCUCUGCUGUCCCUUCUCAGGCAAGGAGGCUCCCUAGAGCUGGACAGCUCUUGCCUAAGGAGGGAGGUCUUUGCAGUUAUGGGCCGAGUUACCUGACAGCCAUGACAGUGACUUAUGGAUGCAACACAUUUCCAGAAUGUUCUUGUUAGGAACAAGUCUGAUUUAGACUCCGCAGGAAUCUCACUUGAGGACAGGGCUUGGAAACCUGAAAAAAAGCCCCAGCACACCUGAAGAACUCAUUAAGCAGGCUGACUUACCCAGUCACCCAGCACAAGCUCAUAUAUUGUACCAUAAAUAUAGGCGUGUCAAUUUCACCUCUGACCCCAGGAGUCAAAGCUGGAUCUGGUGGGAGUGCUUGUUUUGCUGUAAGGAGGCUCCAGGAUCAUAACUAUACUCGGAAGUAGAGGCUUUGUCAGGACGUAAAGGUGGCACUAAGUGUAUCUGGUAGCUUACCUAAUGAACAGGAAAUUGAGGAUCUGUCUGCAGUUGCCUAAAAUAGGAAAAGGUGGAGCUGGGUGUACUUGCCUGAAAAUCGCUAGAACAAUAGCUCUCAAUAUGUUUCUCUUGGGUAGACCUAUGGGGGUUGUCUUUAGUACCAGGUGUCCCUUGAUUAGAGCUCAUUUAUCUCUGAAGUUGCCUUCACCACUGUGAUGCAGUCACCACUACAUCACUGUUUUGAUCUCAGCAUGUGCAGUUCCUGAUAGAAGGAACUGAGCCUGGAAAGCUCCGCGGAAUUUCUCCACUAUGUCAAUAAUGAUUGCUGGAUCAGCCUGUAGUACAAAAUAAGGGUAAGCUCAACACUGUCUGCUCUUUCCCCCUCUUCAUCUACCAUCUUGGAUCUGAGGACGGUGCAGCUGAUGUUGUAUAAGCCUGUCCUCCUUCCUCUUUCUCCUCCCGCAGAUGUGCCAAUUACUGUACCCUCUCAUUAUGAUAUCAAUGUCUUUUUCUGGUGUCUGUGAGAUUGGCAGGCCAUGGGCACCUGAGAUAUACUCUUAGUAGUGACAGCAGCAGCAUCUACAAAGGAACACCUCUGCACUUGCUAGCUGGUGCAACAUGUGGAGUUGGGUGUGGCAUGCUAAGCUGUUUCCACAUGGGCAGGAAGGAGAAACUGCCUGAGCACCACUGACUGACACAUGCCAUUCAUCUGUUCUCAGAAAUAAGACCAUGAUAUGUGCAAGUAAUGAGGAUCAAUAUAUGACAUCCUUUUGCGAGCACCAAAAUAUGGAUAGGUUAAUGCAGGGCAGGUAGUAUAGCAAGACAAAUUUUGGAUGCAGAUGGGCAGGGUGCUAUACCAUCUUGCUGUACAAGUAUGUCCGAGAAAAGGUUGAGGACAACAGAGCUGAUGUAUACACCAUACAUUUUAAGCACAUUAUUUUCCUCCAAAGCAUCCUGGGAGCUGUAGUUUGGUAAGGAUGCUGGGAAUUGUAGCUUUGUAAACAACAGUUCUCAGGAUUAUUUGAGGGAAAACAAUGUGCUUUCGGUGUGCAUUGGAAGUGUGGUGUAUAUGCAGCCUAAGUGAACAUGAAGUUGUGUCCUAGUUGCGUUAGUGUGAAUACGGCCAUACGUCAUCGCUGUCUUAUAAAGCAACUGAAGAAUUUCUUUCACUGCCAUGUUUGAAAUAAUUACCUUUCAUUAUCAUUAAAUAGCAAGGAGUCUCCCAAUUCAAAACUACUCACAGUAAAACCAGCUCCCUUGGAACCCUCUUUUCUUAUGCCAGAGAUACAGACAUUACUGCAGCAUUUAACAGACAAUGCAUUUUACGGGGAGAAAUUAGAAAGGGCAAUAAGAAAUCAAGAAAGCAUCGAAUUUCUUCCUUCCUUGCAUAAUCAAAAUCCUGUCUCAGGAAUCCCUUAGUCUGCUUAACUCCAUUGCACUUGAGGAACAUUCCAAUCUUAUUCCGUUACAAAUGCUGCUUGGUUGUAAAUGAGUGUUUUAAUUUGUGGGAUGAGAACCCCAGCCAGCAGAGCACGUUAACGUAUAACAGCUCUCCAGCAACAAAACCAAGCAAUUACCUUGAACACUAAAGAAUACAUUUGUGAAUUUCUCCAAGGGCUUGUUCAUAUUAGACGUUGUCACCACCCGAGAAGGGAAAGUGAUGAGGCAAACUCCCUUCCCCUAUGUCCUCCUCCUUCCUUUGGCUAGUAUUUCAGGGUGGGGUGAGAUAUGCUUUUGGAGAAGAAAAACACCACCUGCAGGUAAGAGCUAAAUUGGAACUUUAUUCAGUACAUGGAAAAGAACAAGUGCUUUUUCAAAGCAUUUGAAUUCACUCCUAUUUAGUUAUCUUAUAAAUUGAGGCAUAAGAUCAUACGACUUUGAAAUGAAAUAGCUCAAAAACUUAUGGGCAAGGGAGAAGGUGGAGAUUAUGUGCACAGUUCAUCACAAAUCACCUGGUUUCUUGAUAUAAUGUGUUUGUGGAGGUACAUGGACAGAUGGUGUUCUCUCUGGAUGAAGGACAUAGCCAAGCACUCCACUUUCUCUCUUGGGCUGCAUUUGACUGCACAUGUAGUGAAUAGGUAAUCUAUGAGCACAAUUCAGAGCCCUCUAGGCUAUGCACCUCAAGUAUGGAACUCAUCCAGAUGCAGGCCCUUGCCUAUGCUCAGUGCAUAUUUACCUUGAGAGCCAAAGUGAUGCAGUUGUGCAGUACUUGUGUGCACCUCAGGAAUGAAGUGGGCACCUCGCCAUGGUGGUCAUUCUUCUCCAGUCUUCAUGUCAUUGUUCUCACAAUGCUUCUGAGGAGCCAUUUGCUACAUAUGUGUGGUACAAUCUGGGCUGAAAAAGAAAUGGUGCCCUUUUGCAUUUCUCUUUCACAUCAGCUAAUACAAUGAUUCCUUUGCAUGAAUUCGCAUAACUAUCUACACAAAUUCUCUACACUUUUUGGCAGGGGCAACCCUCCUCAUGGAACGGCCUCCCAUCAGAUGUCAAGGGGAUAAAGAACUACAAAACUUUUAGAAGACAUCUGAAGGCAGUCCUGUAUUGGCAAGUUUUUUUAAAAAAAAAUGUUUGAUGUUUUAUCAUGUUAUACUGUUGGAAGCCACCCAGAGUGGCUGGGGCAGAUCUAAUGGAUCUGAGCCAAACUUAAAAGCAGGUUUAAAAAUGUCCUAGGUGCCACAAGAAUUUUGGGCAAGAAAUUUGCCACCCCUGUUCUGAGCUGUUGUUAUUUAUGUAUUUGAUGCUGCUUUUAUAGAAUACGCAUAUAUUUUCUUGCUGUUUUAAAUCAUGUUCUUGUCAAAUCAAAUUUUCUUGUUUUUAUUAUAUAUCAUUACCUCAUUAACUAACCAUUUAAAGGGGGGUAAAAUAAUAAUAACUGACCAAAAGAAAACAAAUAUAAUAGGGCCUUACAUCAUCUGGAUUUUUAAAAAAGCAAUUAAAGGUAAAAAGCAAAGUAUCAACUCAAAAUAAGAGUUUACAGGCUUAUCUGUAGCUUUGAGAGUAGCUGUAGAGUGUGUGUGUCAUGUGUGAGUUUUAAACCCUUCUUUUUGCCUAUACAGUGGACGCUCGGGUUGCGAAUGCGAUCCGUGUGGGAUGCACAUUCGCAACCCGCAGCGUCUGCAACCCACAGCGGCGCAUCUGUGCAUGCGUGGGUUGUGAUUCGGUGCUUCUGUGCAUACACAAAGCACGAUUUAGUGCUUCUGCGCAUUGCACGACCGCCGAAACCCGGAAGUAACCCAUCCAGGUACUUCCAGGUUUCUGCGGUCCAUAACCUGAAAAAACGCAACCUGAAGCGUCUGUAACCCGAGGUAUGACACACACACACACACACACACACACACACACAUUUGCUUCACUUGCCUCUCAACUGGAAUGCCAAUAAUACAUUUUAAUAUAGUGCUGCCACACUGGUUGAGGCUUGACAAAGUUUCCACUGAGAAUUCAUUUCUAUAAUUGAGUCAAUGAAUAAGAACAAAAACUCCUCUUUCUUAUGAAAUAUUUCUACUAAACCUUUCAGUCUUUUCCCCAUCUUGCCCUCAUAAAUCUCUGUCUCUGACAAUCUGCACUGAAACUAACCUUUUUUAGUGACUAGAUCUUUUGUUCUUGCAAAUCCCAUAUAAUAAUAGGCAACACACAUUGCUCAGAUUUGGGUUUAUCAGAAACAUCUUGGGAAAACACUACUCUUUUUCAAUAAAUUCAUUCUGAUUUCGCCCCAAACAACUUCUUACUAUGGUAUUGGAAUUUUUUGUUUUUCCAUUAGUUCCCAGGCUACUAUAUUGUUUCUGUGCAUUUUUAUUUUGUGCAAUAUAAAAAAAUGUGUUUGCUUGCUUACAAUUCCCUCUGGUGUGGAACACAUUUAGCUGCAUUUUUAAGGUCCAACCAUUUUAAAAAUCCAAGAGAAACUGGGGAAACACCUGCAUUGGUGCUUGUCUACAAAAUGCAACUCUGAGGUUUUAGAGUACAAUCCUCUGGCCACUGUCUGGCAGGGCUGAAUGGAAUAUGCAUGUAGAAAAGGGCAACCUGGUGCUGGUGCAGUAACUGGGCCUGGAUCAAGCCCAAUGCUGUCAUCUGGCCAGUUCAGCCUCUUCUGACCCUUGGAACACAACAUUUUUGGACUUUGCAUUUUUGCCCACCCACAAAUUUAGUGGCUGCAAGGGGAAAAUUGGCACCAACAGAGUGAUGCACUAAUCCAGUGUCAACCAAAGGUGAGCUAGGUGGAGUUUUUCUACCUCUCUCAGAAUACAAGAGGUCUCUAAACCACCCAUCAUUUAAUACACCUCUAUCAUGCUUCCCAUCUCUUCCCUUUUUGAAAAACCAACCCCCAUACUGAAACAUUGUAACUUUCCCUCAUAAAGGCGCUUCUUCCACCCAUUGAUCAUUUUGAUUGCCCCUUUCUCAGGUAGGAGAACAAGGAAACCCUCUUCCAGGGAUUCAGGAAACACUCUCUGCCCCCCAGAGCAAACACCACUGGGCAAAGUUGUCUGACUUAGUUUAAGACAGCUCUCUGUCUUCCCUACUGUGUUAUAAGCUUAAGUCAUUUGCACCUUAUUUCUAGAGACUAGAUCCUGGAAAUAUGUUUUGCAUGCAGUAUUUUACAACACCCUUACAAUGUUCAUGCUACGUCCAGCAGUAUCACAUAAUCUCCACCCACCCAAUAUGAAAUCUGUGUAGUAGCUGUAACAUUUCCCCGAGCACAUUGCAGGUGUGCAGACUUGAAAUCUAGGUCACUACAUGAUCUAUGUCAUAAAUGAUUCUUUAAUCUGAGCACUGUGUGAGCCUUGAUAAGAUUUGCUGCCUGGAAUGCAAGUUUAAGGAAACAAAGGACAAAAGAAAAAUCAGAAUCAGACAAACCUUUUUAUUUAAAAAAAUGCUGUUAAUUGAGGAUAUGUUCUCUCUUUUCAAGGGAACUCAAUAAAAUAGAAUACUGAAACAAUGUAACAUGUCUGCAUGAAUGAAUUAGCAUAACAAAGCGUUUUAAAUCAGUUGCAUAUUAACACUUGCAGAAAAAGCCUGAUUCUGCAAAAUGACCCAGCCUUAGCCCUCAUCAUUGUGUAAUUAUAAUUACCCCCAUUACACAAUUGCUCGGAAGUAGGGACAUAUUUCGGGCAUGCUGCUAGACCACCUCUGGGCAUCCACGCCACUACAGUGAAGAAGCCAACAUGUUAGUAGCUACUUACACAUAGACGUAUGCAUGACUGGGACUCUGGUGUGACCAGGUGUUCCAAAAAUUGGAAUGGAGUCCGGGGUGAGCACUUGAUAAUGUGUACGUUAUAGACACCAAGUUAUAGACACCAAGUGAUUGACCAAGAUCACAAGAUCUGCUGCUCUUCUUUGUUGAUUCCAGGCAACAAGUUAUCAUCUGACAACAUUUUCUUCUUCUUCUUCAUCAUCAUCAUCAUCAUCAUCAUCACCAUCAUGAUCUUUUCUUUGUACCACACCCAUCUGACUAGCCACUCUGGGCAGCUUUCAAUAGAAUAUACAAAAAACAUAACAGAACACCAAGCAUUUAAAAGCUUCUUCGGUUUUCACGGGCUGCUAGUAAGAUAGAAGUUUUGGAUAUGCUCAUUGACUGUGAAUAGAUCGUUUUCUGACAGUAAGUUAAAGAAGAGAAAUACAUUGUUUCCAUUGUCUCCUUCUGCAUUUAAAAAGGAGUAAAAGUAAUUGAAAACUGAAACUAACUUUAUUGUUUGAACUGUGCUUAAAAGGAUUGAUACAAAUAGAAACUGUUUCCCCCUAGAGGAAGCCUUUGAAAUUGUUACAAGAGCUGAGCUGGGGGAUUUUCCACCUGCAAGAUAAAACUGUGAGAAUCUGGGAUUGACCUUGGACCGUUAAGAAUGUUGACAGAAGAAGCCUUAGUGGUUGCAUUAUGUAAGAUUAAUGAUUCACUGGAACAGCUUCAUAAGUUGCGAGGACUAUAAAAAUUGAUAACUUGGAACAAAAAGUGACUAAUUUGGCACAAAAAGUCAAUAUUAAUACAGAAACUAUUCAGGAAUCGAUACAGGGAUCUAGUUUGACAUGGCAAAUUGAGGAGAAGGCAGGGGAGAAAGUUUUUGCUGUGGAACCUAAAGUGACACAAAUGGAGAGGGAGAGAGCCCCAGCCUUACAGUUGCAAUUUGAUGAUUAUAAGUUGAUGCCUUUUAAGACUGAAUUUAGAGAAAGUCAGACUUUUAGGAUCGGAGCCCCGCUUGGACUGGAGAAAGAAAGUUGGAUAGAUCCCCUUAUGCAGGGGUUUACUGACCUUUGGGACCUGGACUUGGGUCAGGAGGAGACUGGAGUUGUGGGGACUGCCAGACUUGGAGGAACUUUGAAACACGACUGGAAAUAUCUUUUGCAUUUCAGUUCUAACUAUGGAGAUUUGGCUGACUUGUCGAGAAGGAAUAAAAUCAUUGUUAGAUGGGAAUUUCCCGGAGAUCUACUUUUUAGCAUCAAAGGAAGGAAAAUAAGAACAAGAUCAGGAGAAGACAAAGUAAUGUGCAUGUAUAAAUAUGAAGAAGACUUGCAGAAGGGACCUGGAAAAGAGUUAAGAGCCUCGGACAGAAGAUCACCAGGUUGAUGGGCUAUAUGGAAUUGACGGAAAUGACUGGCAGAACCCGAGACCAGGGGGAAGAGACGCUGGAAGAAUACUGGAAAAAGUUUAAAAUCUAUAUAUGGAAAUAAUGUAAAAUUAAUGAGUGUUAGAAAAAUGUUGGAAGGGAAUUAUACGGCUUUAGUAGAAAUAUUUUAAGGAAUUAAGUAUAAAUAAGUAUUAUAGUAUUAAUGGAAAAUAAGGUUAAAAUAUGUUAAGAUAAUUACAUGACAGAAAAUAGAGAAAGAUGGAAAGGAUUUGCUGAAACAAUUAAUAGAAAUGGAAUACAAAAAGGGAGGUGAGAGGAGGUCGAUGAAACAAGGGAAUGAAAGAGAGGAUAUUGAGAUGGUAUGAUGUGUGUUUUUUGAAUUGUUUUUGCUCUUGUUUUGUUUAAUGUGUUAAUGUUAAUGUUGCGUUCUGUAUUGUUUAUAUAUUGUACUGUAUUGUUUUCUUUUUUGCUUUUCUUCUUCUUUUCUUUCCCCCCCUCUUCUUUCUUUUCUUCUUUUUGUAAGGUUUAAAAGCAAUAAAUAUUAUUUUUUUAAAAAAUAAAAGCUUCUUCAGUUUCCCAAGUGCAUGAUUUUACACUUUUGACUUUUUGCACCCCCCAAAUUCAGUGUCCCCUGCCUGCUCUUCUGCCAGAGGACAGGGCUUGCAGCCACUCCUGUUCUCUGCUCUUGGAUCUAGGAUACCCACCCCAUAACAGAGGAGAGUUGAGGAUGUAGAAAUCUUAGCAAGCGGGUUGUUAGUCACUUAUUCCGCUUCUUUUCAAUGCUAUUUGGCACUGUCUGUACCUCUUCCAAGACUGUUUUUAUACUUCUUCAGACAGGAUCUUGAACCAUCAAGGUAUUUCAUUAUAGAGACAUAGUAAAAAGUUUCUUUAGCUCCUUCAGGUGUCACUGUGAUCGAUGGCUGUCUUUUUCACACCCAGUUUCAGUAUAGAGGCCACAAUGAAUUUUACAUUCUCUGUCGGACGUUCAUGAUAUUUGGUUGGUUGCUUCAUGUUUCAAAUGCCAUUGUUCUAUUAUUAUUCAUAGAGUUUCAGACUUUAUAGUACCUUCUGGAUGAAGAUGGCAAAGUACUUUACAGACGUUAAGCCUCACAAUAUCCCUGUUACGGUUUAUAAGUAGCAUCAUUAAAGCUGGCUUAAUUUUUCUACUCUUUUGUGAAAGCGAGUGUGGGUUAUUUUACAAGUUCAUGGAAAAGCUGAAUUUCUGCCAAAACAUUUUGAGUUCAAAUCACUGCAGUCAAAGGAUUGUUUGCAUUUCUGCAGAGCAAGAGUUACUGUGAAUUUGUUUCUUGUUUAAAACACACACAAUACAAAAUGUAUUCAAAAUACUAACUGUAUAUCAAAAGUCAAUUUUAAGGAGAGGAGAGGACAAAAAAGAAUAUUUUCUUCUAAAUAAUUUAGAUGCUUGCAUGCUGCAAAAAAUUCUAAUAAUACCAAUAAACUAAUUUUGCAAUGGCAUAGAUGACAGCUCAGUUUCCCCCCUGACACACCCAAUAUAAGGUAGCUAAAGCAUUAUGCAUUUGAUUAUUUACGAAAAGCCUCCACUAUUGUGGGACAUCUAUCUUCGCACCCCACCCACUGUCAUCAACACCCUAUCUUUGAAAAGGACAGAGUACAUAUUCUGCAAUACUUUAUCCAUGAAACAUCUAAUGUGUCAAAGUCUUUACUUUCCUAAUACUUAAAUUCAGCCCUGAAGAAUUUUUUGAUUGCCCAGGAAUCUGCAUAUUUCUAUUGCAGAAAUCUAGUUCUCCCUGUGUCAGCUAAAGAUAUAUACUGUGCAGCAGUCUCAACUCAGAAGGGACUGCCCCUUGCUUCCGGAUUCUCUUGGCCAUGAUUGACAGCACAGAUUACCCGCGCUGUGGUUUGCAUUGUUGAUUGACAAUUGGGUGGGAAGUGGGAGAGUGACUAGAAGCUGGAGCAAUUCCAGUUGCUGAGUUAUGAUGACCGUACUGUCACUUCACAUGAAGGAUGUAUGUCCUCUGAUAGAAAACAUAGCAAUGGAGGAAGUUGCUGUAAGAGAUAGCUAUCUCAUGCUCUGAUAAGCAUUUUGCUUCUUUCAGGAGUAAUUCUUAUUUUUAUUUUUGCAUCAGUGGAAGGCUGCUGCAGCGGGAUUUACUGAUGCUUUCUAAUAGAAUUUACUAAUGUUUGUAACAUUAAUAGAACAUGUAAUAGAAACUGUGUCCAAAUUGCCCCCAAAUUGCCUUUGUCUACUCUUGGGAGGGUUUUGUCUUCGUGUAACCACCGCAUGAAAUGUUUGCAUACUCCAUUUUACAGAUUCCAAGUGGUGAUUUAUACUACAGGGCUGCAUAUAGGAGGCCAAUUUUCACUUUAUGAGUAGGUGGUGGUUUUUGUUUUAGAUUACCUGGUGGUUUACCCUGGUGGUAGAAAAGCAGGCUAUGAAUGAAUGAAAUGAGGCUGAGAUACACAAUUGUCAACUUUCUCAUAUUCUAACACCAACCUACAGAAGGAGGAGGUGGGCUCUUGUGGACAGACCUAUAGCAGCCCCUCCAGAGAACUAAGCCUCUCCUUUUUUGCCCAUUUUAUACAGUUUAUAGGAUAAGAUCCAAUGUAGCAUGAACAAGCAGCUGAUUAUACAACAAGAUUUCUAUUUCUCCCCCUUCUUAUAGCCCCCUGCUUACCCCCCCCCCCAAUCUGAUCCAGGGGGUUGAGGGGCCCUUUGGAGGAGAUUUUGGGGUGAGGGACUUGGAUGGGGAAGAAGAGAAAUUGAAAGCUCUGUUGCACAAGCAAGCAAACACCAUUGGAAGUUGGCCAUAUUUUUUUAGCUGAGAUGAGGAUUUAGUACUAAAGAAAAUAAACAUGCUUCUUUUUUUUUUAAGGAAGCUGAAUUGAUCUGUGUAUAUUUUUAAUAUACAGUGACUGGAACCCUGACACGAUGGUGGAUGACUAAACAAAUUUCCUGUGUAAAAGUGAAGAAAAGAGCAUCCAACGCAGCCCCAAAAUAAGCAUUCAUCUUUGUCACUGACUAACAGGAGUGUGAACAGAUUUGAUGGGAUUUCAUCUGCAAAAUGUGCUUUUGGAGGUAGGCCAAGAUGCAUCCCAAAAUAUAAAUAAAUCUAGCUUCUUUAGACGUGUGGGCAGUUAGAGCAGAGAAAUAAACUGACAGCAGCAUUAGUGGGCACCAUUACACUAUAUACACCCACACAGAACAGAUUAAGCUUCGGAUUUUCUUCACCAUGUUAAGUCCUACCUUGUUUGCUCACUAGCAGUCUUAAUAUAUGUGAGAGCCUGUUGAAAUCCACAACUUGGUCUAAGCAUACAUUUUAAUCAGAAUGGGGAAACGAAGGUGUUGUUAUGGCUGUAGGAUAUGGGAUGUUAUCACGAUUUGUCAUCUUUCUGUGGUGAGCUCAAAGAGGCUAUGCUGUCCUGCUGGGGCUCAGGACUUGCAGGGAAUGUGGAAGCAAUGAACAGGUCAAGUCCAAUCAAAGUACAGUCUCUCUAAGCAGGUCAAGACCUUGGGCAGCUCCUAGCUGUCCCUGCUGGCUGAGCUUUAGGAGAUAUUAUUCUAUCAGGCAAGUGUGUGCUGACAAAGCUACAUUAAAUUCUUCUUAAUGUCACUGCCGAGAGCUAGGAACACCUGAGGCCUUAUGUAGGGUUUGCAUGGUCUAUCCAGCAAGUGGCCCCACCUGUUUGCAGAAAUGGCCAAGUUUAUUUAAAGGGCCCUUUGAUUCUGCCAGUGUAAACUUCUAUGCUGGGAAAAGGAUGGGGAAGUUAUUUCAGGACUUGUCCUCUGAGCUGAGUGUGCUGGUCCCGGGGGUUAAACAAGAGGCAAGUUCCAAGUCCUGUCCGUGGUCGAUGAAGCAAUAUGAAGGCAGUCCGUAAAAGUCGAAGCUGGGUGCAGGGCAGGGUUCAGACAGGAACUGACAACCAUCAAUGUUGCUCCCGCAACUUGGGACUGGGGCUGGCUGGCUUUUAUCUGCCCCGAGGCAUAGGGCGGCCCCAAUCCUCAGGUGACUUGCCUCUCCUGGCCUGGAGGUGAGCACUCCUCCUGCGGGAACUAAGUUCCCUCCGCCUCUCUGCCCUGAGCCUCUGCAGCUCAGGAGAGGCUGGAGGGUUAUCAGACCCAGAGGCAACCCCAGCUUCCUCUGAGGGGGCUGAGAGUGGAGCACCUGCAGGCAGUGGGUCCUCCAUCGCCUCAGGAGUCAGAGCAGACUCAGCUGGUGCCUGCCCCUGAGGAUCCAGCACAGGUGAGGACCCUUCAGGGUCAUGCCCCAACCCCGGCUCAGCUGGUUCUGGAGGCAGGGGAUCCUGUGUAGGCUGGGAUUCCUCAGGUUCAGCAUCUGAAUCCGAAUACCAGGCCAUCACACUGAGGAAGGUGGGACAGCUUUGUUCUCAGGCUGGGAGAACCUAGCAGGAGCUGUCAAGAGUAUAGUCUCCCCAUGAGUGGACCAACCUAAAUUUCCUCCUCAUUUUGUUGCUUUGGGAAGUAUGAAUGUCCAGCUUCUGAGGUCACGACUGAGGUCUCUGUCUGCACUUCCCCAGCUCCCAGCAUGUAUAACAGAAUACAUUUUCUCUGGAAAGCAAUGGUCCUGCAAAUUUUAUGGAAGCCUGUUCCAGGCUGCUCCAGACAGACUCCAGGCAUAUCUAAGCCAAGCAGGCUCUAUGAAGCACUCCAAACUGAAACAGGGACCUUUGAAGUGAUUUUAGAACUAUUUAUCUGUAAUUUGGCUAGGAACACCUUUCUCAUGUAUUGUGUCUUCAUGCAAUUGUCCACAAAACAGUUGGGGAGAAGAAGUGAACCUUGUUUUAACCCCUCCCAAACUGUAUGGGCUGCCCAUUCAGGAAAACCACUAGAAAACGCUAUAUAAUAGACAUUGGAAAAUUUGUUUAUGUAUUUGCUGUUUAUUAUUCAAUGUCUAUAAACACAAGGAAGUUGCUUAGGACCUCAGAUUGGUUGUGUAUUCUGCUUACUGUUCUGUUGAUUGGUUUGUAAGGAUUCAAAAUUAAGUUAAACAAAGAAAGUAUCCAAAGUGUACAUCAGAAUAACCUUUUGAAAAUUAAUUUCUAGCAUUUUAUAUCUGUGCACUGAGCUGUAUAUUUAGAAUGAUGGGGAAAGGGUGGCAUUCAGUGACCUGACUAAUAUUUCCAUCAGCUGCAGCCAGCAUGGCUAGUGGUCAGGAAUGAUGGAAGAUGUAGCCCAGCAACAUCCGUUGAGCUGCAGGUUCCCUGUCCCCCUGCCACAUAUACUCAUCUAAUAGCAAAUAGAAUUAAAAGCACUCUGAAGAAAGUUGAAAAGCAGAUGGUUGCGGUUGACGUUUCAUGCUGCUCUCGGUUUUCUGCUAUAUUAUUUCUCCUUUGUUAAAUUGGUGUCUUGCAGCCAAUUUAAGAUAAGCGGAAGAAUGAUCAAAGAUCAUUCCGUGCCUGAAAACCACUUCAGAUCUGUUAUAGGACAUGUGGGUCAGCCCACCGGCACUAAAAUGAUGCACUGUAUCACUUGCUGAAAAACUGAUUUGCAAUGAUUUUAACAGGAAGGGUGUAUGGAAGUGUAAUCUGUUUUGAGGAAUAGGAUGUAGCAAGGUUCUAUCCUUUUAAUAUACCAAGCUCUUGAAAACAUGGCAAGGAAUUAACAUUUGGAACACAUAUUAGGCACAAUAUAUCUUUCACAGCAGGAAGUUAUACUGCAAUCCUCCUAUGCACACUUACCUGGGACUAAGUCCCAUUGAACUCAGUGGGACUUCUGUCACUUGUGCUUUAUUCAAGAUUACAACAUCAAUAGUAAAUUGAUGUUUACAACCCAUAUGUUCCUCUUGCACAUCCUUUUUAUUCCAAUCCAAUUAUGUUGCUGCUGCUCAAGUGAUGAUUUAUUCCAUGGCCAAUCACUAAAGUUAGUUUUUUUUUGGGGGGGGGACCUACUUGGUAGGCAGCUAACAGGGCUAUAGAUCUAGAAAUUAUUCAGCCAGUUUACAGCCCUAUAAAUGCACACACAGUCCAUUUUUGGGGAGUGCUGGUGGUGAUUAGAAACAUGUGCAGCCCCACAGAUUUGCAACGAAAGGUAUUGUUUACAGUAGGGUUCCCAAUGGUUUUGGUGCUGGGGUAGAUCUGGAAAUCCAAGAAGCUGUCAUGGGCAUCACAAUAGACCUGCUUCAGAAAAGAAACUGGUGAAAUAACAAAAGAAGGCAGUCUCCCAGAAGAAAUUAGGAGUGGCAGGAGGUUUUUGCAGAUGCCAAGAGGGUUUUCUGGAGGUGCUAUGGUGCCCAUGGGCGCUAUGUUGAGGACCCCAGGUAUAUGGCUACUACAGACAUUAAAUACUUUUUUUCAGAUACAGUGGUACCUUGCAAGACGAAUGCCUCUCAAGAUGAAAAACUCGCAAGACGAAAGAGUUUUUCGUUUUUUGAGUUGCUUCGCGAGACGAAUUUCCCUAUGGGCUUGCUUCGCAAGACGGAAACGUCUUGCAAGUUUGUUUCCUUUUUCUUAAAACCGUUACAGUAAUACAGGGUGCAUUGCUUGAAGAGGUGCAGUUGCGACUUGACUUCGGGGAGCAACUCAUAGCACGCAGUGUGGUAGCCUUUUUUGAGGUUUUUGAAGAUUUUUUUGAAAAAAUUGAAACCGUGCUUCGCAAGCCAUGUUCAAAUAUAUAAAAGGAUGUCACAUAGAGGAGGGAGAAAGGUUGUUUUCUGCUGCUCCGGAGAAGCGGACACGGAGCAAUGGAUCCAAACUACAAGAAAGAAGAUUCCACCUAAACAUUAGGAAGAACUUCCUGACAGUAAGAGCUGUUCGACAGUGGAAUUUGCUGCCAAGGAGUGUGGUGGAGUCUCCUUCUUUGGAGGUCUUUAAGCAGAGGCUUGACGACCAUAUGUCAGGAGUGCUCUGAUGGUGUUUCCUGCUUGGCAGGGGGUUGGACUCGAUGGCCCUUGUGGUCUCUUCCAACUCUAUGAUUCUAUGAUUCUAUUCUAAGACGAAAAAACUCGCAAGACGAAAAAACUCGCGGAAUGAAUUAAUUUCGUCUUGCGAGGCACCACUGUAUGAGCCAUGCUUUUAGAAUCUAAAUACAAAUUGGAUUUCCUUUACCAGAUUGGAGAAGUCAACAUUGUUUAAGAAAUCUGUUCUAAAAUACCUUGAAGACUUGUUUGUUGUUGUGUUUUCCAACUGAGUUGAAUGGAAAGUAAAAGGUUUGAAUUCAGGAUGGAGUGUUCCAACUCAAGCCUUUUUUGCAUUAGGAAUGCUAGUUGGUUGGGUACAGCAAAUUUCUUUUGCAGGGUGUGUGUGUGUCCCAGGAGCAACAACAAAAGGAAAACAAGAACCAGAAUUCAUCACGAUGAGCCCUGGAACUAGAAAUAAUGCACCUGCCAAAGCAGAUGGAUGGCAGGCAGUCCACAUAGAUAUUAAAUAUGAUUUCUCCCUGUUCUCCACAUUCAUAGAAACAUGUCCCUGUUUAUAAUACUCAGAAUAGUAGUGUGUGUUUCAGGCCCUACUCCGUUUUAUGUUUUUCUUGUAUUUAUUUACUCCCUCCUACAUGUACUAUACUGGAACAAUGCCAACACAGGUUCAUUUCUUACUUUAAAAAGAAUUCAGGGAUGGCAAAAAGUAACAGUUGCGGAGAAUAAAAAUUUCCAAAUAUUUAUAGAAUCGCUUUUGCCUCACUCCCAUGACUGCGCAUUUCUCCACCUUCAAAUACAGUGGUGCCCCGCAAGACGAAUGCCUCACAAGACGGAAAACCCGCUAGACGAAAGGGUUUUCCAUUUUGGAGGUGCUUCGCAAAACGAAUUUUCUAUGUGCUUGCUUCGCAAUACGAAAAUGUCUUGCGAGUUCCUGCGGGGUUUUUUUCCUUCCCCCCCUUUUUCCCAAGCCGCUAAACCGCUUAUCAGCUGAUGGCUAAGCCGCUUAACAGCUGAUGCUAAGCCGCUUAUCAGCUGAUCGUUAAGCCGCUUAUCAGCUUAUCAUUAAGCCGCUUAUCAGCUGAUCGUUAAGCCGCUUAUCAGCUUAUCGUUAAGCCGCUUAUCAGCUGAUCCACUAAGCCCGCUAAGCCGCUAAUACUGUAGCACUAAUCCGCUAAUGGGCUUGCUUCGCAAGACGAAAAAACCCGCAAGACGAAGAGACUCGCGGAACGGAUUCUUUUCGUCUUGCGAGGCACCACUGUAAUAGCUUGUUAUCUUGCUGUAUGGGGGAAGGAGCACAGAGUGGCUCUGCUAUAUAAAGCCAGCUCAAGACAGAUUGCUGCCUGAAGUGUUAGAAAAAAUGGCAGCCUCUCCCAUUCCAUGUAAAGGUGCUGGCCAGACUGGAAUGCUGCUUCAGUGGUGGUGAGGGGACAAUGGAAUGUACUCCAUGCAUUUAUUCCAUUAAUUCAUGAAUUUACACUUGUACAAUGGUACUUCCCAUCCUUUCUCCUCCCCCUGUUUACCCUGCAUCCUCAUGAAGUCUGCUACAGAGAGCUGGGGGAACCCCUAAGAAUAGAUUUAGAGGAGACACAGAGGUGGAGAGGGAGGAAAGUUCCAUUGCACAAGCAGAAAUCCUUUUGUUGGUGGAAUGAGUCGCUUAGCACUACUUUGGAUGCAACCCAGUGCCUUAUACCAAACCUAUGAGCAGCUCACACCCACACCAUACAGUUAAAGCAGCCUAUACCACUUUGUAGCUCUCCUAGCACCCUUAACAAAUUAUAGAUCCAUUAUUAUUAUUAUUAUUAUUAUUAUUAUUAGGGGGGGAGCCAUUACUAUUAAAGUGGCAUAAAACUGUUUUAAAUAUAUUGUGUAUAUGUGACUUUAUGAGAUGCAGGCCAAGCCCUGUGGCUCUGUCCUCCAACAUCUUAUUGCUGCCUCUGCUGCCUCAGGUAGCCACUUCAAUUUGCCCAGUGAAGCAGAAGAAGAACAAUUCUUUUUAGCAGGAGUGCCCUCUUGUGAGAAGUUAGUUCUUCUAUUACUGGAACCUGAGAGGAAACUCCUUAUAAUUUAAUCAAGACACUCUGAUUCACUGGAAGGGCUCUGCCUUUGUUCCCUCAAAAAUAGCCUGUAGUGCUGUGUAUAAGCAAAGAACAAUUUUACAAACACUGCAUUACCACAUGAAAUCAAUAAAAUAAAUUACUGUUUUUAGCUACGAGAUAUUCCUACUCAUUACAGAGUGUUAAGGAAUUCAGCUGUUUACAAAACCAGAUGAAGGAAAUACAGUAGAAAGAGAAGAGGUAAUUCCUCAGUCGUGAGGAAGGUGAAAAAGAAUACAAAGUAUAGGGUGGAAUCCAGUUGGUGCUGCUCUGCUGAUGGAAAAGAUCUGAAGAUGGAAUGAAAGGGGACAGUUUCCCACAAUCCCUGCUCCCCAUCCUCUAAAACAGAGUGGGGUGUGUGGAGGAUUAUGGGAAGGGAGAGGGAAUAUUCUUAUGAGCAGCUAGAGGGAGGGUACAAACUAUGGGUGCAUGGCCUGAGGGCCACAUUGACUCUUGACAAACCUUCUGGCACAUGACAGAAGCAGGUCUAUGGCUGUAAGUGUUGUUUUAUUUGCAUUACAACUUGAAACCAAUAAAAUAAGCAACUGUUUUCAGUUAUGAGGCAUUCCUAGUUGUGCCAGAGUGUUAAGGAAUGCAGCUAUCUAUCAAAUUUAGCACCAUGGGAUUGUGAUUUGGAUUUUCUACUUCAGGCACCAAAAUGUCUGAUAAUAAAAAAGGCAUUCUACAAAAUGAUGUGUGUGCCAGAUUUUUUGGGCGCUUUGCCAUGGAGCCAUUUCAGGCUCUUUCCUUUUUGACCUUAAUUGAACAAUUUGUUUGUUUGUGUGUGUGUGUGUGUCUUGUUUGUAGCUGGACUACGCAGCAUGAAUUAGCACAUAGGCACACACACAUUAACGCCUGAAAGCCUGUCUCCCAAAGCAUCUAAUAAUUCUGAAUCCAGUUUUUUCUUUUGAAAGGAAGCCGUGCUAUUUGUUUGUACUUUGGAUAUACCACACAAUAUGUUUAUUAUUUAUGGUACUCCAGAUCAUUAAAUAUAUAUAUAAUGGUGGUAUACAAUGGAAUCACUGAAACAUCAUAAAAGUAUCAACCCAGAAGACAGAGAAUAAAUGACCAAUUUUGAAUUGAAUCAAUUCUCUAAAAAGUCUGAAAAGACGCCUUGCUCUACAAAUGAGCAAACCUGGCCAUUGGUGGUAAUGAUGAAAGGGAACAAUUUAAAUAUAUAAUUAAACAAGUUCUUAAGUGUGCAGUUUGUGUGUUUGUGCCUGUUUUCCGGUACAUUACAGGAUCCCUGGUCUGUGAUUGGGAAAAGGUCUUGUAAAUGAGACAUAAAGAUGCUUAUUGCUGAAAAUCUGGUACAGAGAUGUUUAUUCGUGAAUGCUAAACAUACAAGUAUAAACUAUUAAGUCUAUGUGACUGCAUGCUCAAGGAUGGUUGUGACUACUUGGGUGUAGAUAAUGUUGUUGCUUUCAUUGUAGAAAAACACACACCUUAUUUCUGUGAAUGUACCGUAUUUUUCCGUCUAUAAGACACUCCCAUGUAUAAGACGCCCCCUAUUUUGGGGGACUCCAAAUUAAGAAAACAUGCCUCAGCACUACCCGUGUAUAAGACGAGCCCCGAUUUUAAACCGAAUUUUUUGGUAAAAAAAACCUAGUCUUAUAAACGGAAAAAUACGGUAAAUGCCAAAAUACCAACCUGGGAUUUGCUCAAUAUUGUUCCAUUUUCAUAUGUAUGGCUAGCUAGUCACUUCUAUUUCAUUUUGUGGGUUUAACUAUAGCUACAUAAGCUUUACCUUUUCUCUAAGGUAAGUUUUUUCUUUCUUGUGGCUGUUAACUAUUGCUUGCCAUCUGGGGGGUUUAACGUGUUGUAUUUCUGAGUCUUCUGUUGCUCUACGGAUAAUAUUUUUGAAGGCAAGAUUAUAGGCUGGAAGCUGUGGAAAACUCUGCAGUAUGCAGUCUUCCCUUAUUCACACAGUUUUUAGAUGUGGAUUUAAGCCUUUAACUGCUAUGGUGGGUCAUCUCAGUGGAGCAGUGGGAGGCAUUAGUUGAGUUUCAACAGAUCUUUCCUUGGAACAGAUUGUUGGAUGCUGCAGUGAACUGCUAAUUCCUUUUCUCUUUGUUUACAGCAGGGCAUAACAGAUCCCAGCAGCUGGAGGCCUUGCUUAAGUCAGUCUGAGCAAGAGAAGAGCACCUUGCAGAAAUUUAGAAAUACGACUCCUGAAAAUUGAUGACAGGUUACUGGGUGUCACUGUACUGGGUGUCACUGUUCCUUGACACUUACAAUUUGGAACUUAUAUCAACCAUAAAACCAGCCCUCACCAUUUUUCAAAAGGUCUACCUGUAUCUUCUACCAUCUUCUUGGGAGCUGCAAAGCUUCUAUAUAUCAGUUUUUUCCUUCCUGAGUCACCAAGAAGUGGCUCAUACCAUGGGCUAUUUUAGAUUUUAGCACCUGGAUUUAUGAGGGAAGGGGGAAAUGUCUGUUGUUGUGUUAGGUGUCUUCUCUUCGCCUCAAUCUAUUUAUUGUUGAACUCUCUUUUGCAAGGCAUUGUUGAUUUAGAUGCUCUCUUUCUUGCUUUCUCUCUAAUUUUCACUUUUCGUGCUCCUGUGCCCUUGUUGAUGCUAUUGCUCAAGUGAGAUUUGCUGGCUAUGUGGCCACCUUUGGUCCAGCCAGCACCUUCUGUCACUCCAUCAGCAACUCUCAAUAAUUUUCUAAGAAGCCUUACUGGAAAAUAAUAGUUCCUGAGGCUCUGCCUUGCCAUCUUUUGUCUAGGCUCUGACCUUCUUGCAGAAUAGGUCAUCAGGGUUUGAAACAUAAUGGAAACAUGCUAAGGGAAAUGCUAUUGUCCGAUGAUGUGGUGUCAGGUUUCAUUUAGCACUUAUUACCAUUCCCAUUUGAGCUACUGUAGCUGAGCGAUGCUCGCUGGUAAAGUCGAGUUGCAGAACAGAUUGUCCAAUACCUGACAAAUUUUAACUGGAAGUGUAUCUACCAUAAUAGCACCUGUCUCUUGCUUUCCUGAGGUCUUUCUUCUUACCUUGAGCUAAUUGGCAGGGAAUUGUCAUUGUUCUUCACAUUUUUCAAAAGGAGAAGGGAUUUCUCCUAUGCGGUAUGUGUUGAUUAUGAACAAAAAUUGGUAACAAUUUUCCACGGGUGGCAGUGACUAAGGGGAAAUCAAUUUGCACCUAUGUGCUUAGUAUAAGGGAGCUCUUAGUAUCUAGUCCUGCUACACAGCUGAUUAAGUGCAAAUGCUGAGCUAUAUGAAAGCAUUAAUGUAAGCUAUGAGAAAUGGCUCAUGAUAGUGCAUGUCUCUUAUUCUGGAUAUAGCAGAGUAAAAGUCAUUUUGCCUCGUGGAAGAAUAAAGAAUAAAGAGCUCCAUUAGUCAUUUCCAUCUUUGGACAAAUAAUUAACUGUUUCCUUGUUACAUAAGGAACUGGAACCCCCCCCCCCAAAAAAAAACCACUCAAUCUCACGGCAACCAACUAAAAAAAACCAACCCACUCUGGGGAUCCCCCACUCAACCUCUCUCACUACCAAGGGAAUAUAAUAGACAAACAGAAAGAGAACCUACCCAAAUGACGCUGAUAUAAAAACCCCACAUACACACUAAGAAUAUGUUUACCACUUCUCCCCCUUCUCACAUUCCCUCUUUUCCUUCCCCGACCUUCUUCUGUAUACAACACUAAUGUCUCACAUCUUAUGUAACUGAUAUAUAGAAAAAACUUUACAACCUGAGAAAUAUAUAUAUAUAUUUAAAAAUAAGCAACUGAAAAUGUUAAGUCUAUACCACAUAAGUAGAGGGCAGCUCCUGGUUAUCCCUCUGCUGAAAUGAAUGAGCCCAUGGAUGGUUCCAUUGAAACUGAUGGUUCCAUUUUAGGUAGUUAUUACUUAAGUUACUACACUGAUGUUUCUUCAUUUAUCUGUUUUGCUUCUAUGCAACCAAUAUUAUCAGAAAUGAUUCACAUGUAAAUUUUCCCUAGACUAAUAUAUUCUAGGUUAUGUCUGGGCAAGUGCUUAUUUUGCCUAUGUGUGCAACAAUUUAUGAUAGCUUGUUUAAUUAUUGUUAUUAUCUUCAUCAUUAAUAUUUUCAGACUGUCCUUCAACAAAAGUUCUCAGGGUGGUAUAUAAAAACACAUUAAAAUACAGUGUAAACCCACCAAUUAAAAUCAUGACAUUAUCCAGCUCAUGAAUCAAUUACAAAAAAGUAUCAAUACAGAAUUUGUAGGGAUCAGAAGCAGGCCAUUUAUGGUUGACAUUAUCUUUUGUGUUUCUUGUAACAGCAUUUUAUUUAUUUCUAAAUGUCACCUUUCAAAACAUAAGUUUUCUCGAGGCCACUUACAAUCAUUAUCACAGACACACAAAACCCACACCAAAAUAAAGCCAAUAUCUAAUGUUUUUAGAGCUGAAAUGCUUCUUAAUGCUUCCUAUACCAGCCCAACCAUCUAAGUAAACUACUGAAACAACAUAAGCAAUUUAAAACAAUGCCUAGGAACUCAUUUGCGAAGUGACCUUGAAUGUACAAACCUUCUGAUCAAAACCGUUAUGAGGUAUGUGUAAACAAGGCUGAAUCCAACUCUUCCUUCCUAAAGACCAUGGGGACCAGAGAGAUUUAAAAAUGCAAGUUUAUUUGCUCUUUUCUUUCCAACCGAUAUGCACUUAUUCCCAGUUCCAAGGGAUAGAGAUCCUGGGAGUACUUGUGGAACAUUGCCCAUCUUUUAAUGAUCACAUCAGAGCUUUUGCCAGGCUGACAUUUGAUUACCUCAGAACAGUGUAACGCUGCAUUAGCACCUCUCGCAAAUGGAUGUUGGAUGGCUUAUCCAUGUAUUUGCAACAUCCCAGCUGUAUUACUGCAAGCUUCUCUGGAGGUUUUCCAGAAGGGAGCACCCAGCCAGCUAUUGUGCACAAAGGAUUCCUGUUCCGACUCAGGAAUGUGUCUAAAUCACUUUGCAUGUGGUGACUUUUCAAAUGGUUUUUGUGCAUUUUUCUCCCUCAGAAAGUGACUAUGUGGUGCAGCAGAUUGCCUCUAUCAUCCUUCAUCUCUGGAAAUGUAAGCUUCACUCUGGCUUAGGGUUACAAAUAAAAUGAUCUGGGUAAUUCGUGAAUGGAUGCUAGCAGUACAAAAGAGCCACACAUCUUAGCACGCUGUCAUGGUUGGAAGUCUUGGUGUUGAAAGGAAUUGAUGAUAGACUAGGAGGUGGAAGGCAGUUGAGCCUAUGUGAAGCUAGGAGAAUUGCAUAGCAACAGGUAUGGGAAAACAACUUAAUCACCCCAAAGCAGAACCUUCCCAAUAUACCUCAUCUAGUCCUUAGUAUGCCCCUGAAUAAUACUUGCUGCUGGGGAAAAACAGAAGAGAGGGAUUGCCCUCACAUUUUCUGGUUGUGGGGUUCUCAUAGCCACCUGGUUGGUAACUGGGGGAAAUGGGAUACUGAAAAAAAUAGGCAUUUGGUGUUACCUAGCAGGGGUCUUCUUAUGAACGCUGCAUGCAUACUUUGGGAGUACAAUGGACCCUCUUACUUUGUAUGCUGAAUGUGUUGAUGCAGUGAGGUGGGGUAUGGCUGCUGGAUAUGGAGGAAAUAGGGUUAGCCUGAAUACCCCUAAGACAUCCCUCACACAUUCCUUCAAUGUUUGUGUCUGGGUGGUGGUGUUCGAAACCCCUACCCCAUGCUGUUGCCAUGGUGGCUCACAGUGGGAAGGCUGGGCAAGGAGAUCUGAAUGCUAUAUUUGGACAACUGAGAAAUUCAGAUAACUUUGUUACUACAGGCGUUUCAUCACCUCACUGCUAGCAAUGCUUAGACUACAGCUCCAUUCCAGCUUAAAAAAAGAAAUGACAUUAACUGCAGCAUUACAGCAUGCAGUCAUGUCUGAAAUUAUUGAAAAAAGAUAACAAGUAUAUUGCAUUCUAAUCUAAUUAUCUAAAUCAUUUAAAUUAUUUAUAAGGGCCGCUUCGAGUCUUUGUUCUAAAAGGUCUUUAUAGACUGCACAUAAUUUAGUGUUCACACAGUUGAGACUCAGAGGAAACUUAAACAGUUCUCUUCUCUCUCCCCCCCUUUUAAUGCUCUGCAAAAGAAAAGAAACUCCACUAAUUGACAGCUUAAUUGCCCCUAUAACUGUUGAUUCUUAACCUUAUUCCAAAUACGAUUUGAGUAAAGAGAACAAUUCAGCACAAUGUUCCAUGUGCAACUGGUUUUGUGAAGCUGCCAUAGUAACAAGGACAGAAUCUGAAAGUGCUUUUCUUCUGAAGGCAAACCUUGAUCUUUUAUGGACAUUAGGCGUGAUGGAGCCAGAAACAAAGUGCUUGCAGUCGGAUUGGUUUAGCUCCCCCAAGAGAAUUCUCGUUGCUGCUUGCUUGGCACGAAGAAAUGAAUUUUCACUGAAAGUUUCAGACACUGUGUGUUUCCUUUUAAUGCUUCCAGUAGGAGUCAGCAGGUUUUGUGUGUGAACAUUUAUCAUUCCUUAUUAAAUUUCUUAGUCGCCUUUUUCAAUAAAGGCCCGAGGCGACUUACACAAAAUAUAAAGUACACAAAAAAUUGAAACACAGUUGAGGAGGUUGAAGGUGGGAGAGAUGUUCUGUCAGGUAGGUAAAGGUAAAAGGUAAAUGAUGCCUGGAUGGUUAAGUCCAGUCACAGGUGGCUAUGGGGUGAGGUGCUCAUCUCACUUCAGGCUGAGGGAGCUGCCAUUCAUUCACAGACAGCUUUCUGGGUUAUGUGACUAAACUUCUUCUAUUUCAGCAGAACACAGUGACGGAACCAGAGCACAUGGAAAUGCCGUUUACCUUCCCACCACAAUGGUACCUGUUUAUCUACUUUCACUGGUGUGUUUUUGAACUGCUAGGUUGGCAGAAGCUGGGACAGAGCAACGGGAGCUCACCCCAUCACGCAGAUUCGAACUGUCGACCUCCUGAUCAGCAAGCCCAAGAGGCUCAGUGUAAGGCUUUAUAAGACCAAUUUUUUGAAUUGGGCCUGUAAAUAUAUGAGCAGCCAGUGCCCCUGGGCCAGAAUAGGUGGUCUAUGGUCCCAUUAUCUGGUUUACAUUAUUCUGGAAACUGUGUUCUGCACUAACUGCAGUCACUAAAUAAUUUUCAAAGAAUAAUUGCCAUUCCCUCACUUUGGAAAGAACCUUUUGGAGCUCCUUGUGAUUCUUCUUGGUUUUUACCAUGCUGAACAAUUUGGGGGGUCUUCAGCAAACUUGAUCAUCUCACUGUUUAUCUCUAACUCUAGAUUAUUUAUGAACAAGUUUAAAAACCCCAGUCCUUGUACAGAUCCCACUUCUUACAUGCCUCAACUUUGAGAACUGUUGAUUUAUUUCUACUUUCUGCUUUUUCUUCUUUAUCCAGUCCAAGCACACAAUGUCUGUUGGAUCACUCCCAGCAUCACAAUGGAGAUAAUCUGCUAUUGUUAUCUUUUCUCAUUGUCAUAUAACUGA